AUGGCGUGCACAUGGAUCAUCGCAGCCCUGCUGUACAUGGUGGCUCUUGUAUCACCGCUCCAGAUCCUACCGCCGAUACCCGCUUUUAAUGACGGGGACACCGCGGAGAUAUGGGACUUGACAGCCAGCUCUCAAAAGAUCUACAUCGACGCGGGCUUUGCCUCUUCAAAGGAUACGGAUGGGCUGACUCUCAUCCCACCGAGCAGUCAUGACUUCGCUGAGGUCUUCCUGGAGGACCUGAACCGCAUCACAGGUGUGGAUUGGUCGCUCGAGACAGUCGAGUCACUCCCAGACCCUGCGGACGCCAAUGGCGCCAUUCUCCUGGGUGCCUUCACGGGCGAUAACUCGUCCAUGGUCUAUGAAAGCGGCGAGCUUACAUCCGAGGGCUACGAGCUCGAAAUCUCGUCCUCGUCCGUCUUUAUCGGCGGUGUCGGUGCAAGAGGUAUGUGGUGGGGGACCCGGACUGUUCUCCAGAUGCUGCUCGUCGGGAACAACACGUUGCCUUCUGGCCGGACAACGGAUGCCCCAGCCUACGCCACCCGUGGGUACAUGUUUGAUGCCGGGCGCAAAUGGUAUAACAAGGGAUUCCUCAAGGAGAUGUGCAGCUACGCGUCAUUCUUCAAAAUGAACGAAUUUCACUACCAUCUCAGCGACAACUACCCACUCAACCGUGGCCGCAAUGAGACAUGGCAGGACGUUUAUUCACACUUUAGUCUGCUACCUGAGGAUGAGUCUCUGCUGGGUAUCCUCCAUGGCCGCGAGAACGAGACCCUCUCGCGAGAGGACUAUGCUGAUAUGCAGAGCCACUGCGCACGGCGAGGCAUUGCUGUUAUCCCGGAGAUCGAAGCACCCGGCCAUUGUCUCUAUGUGACCAAGUGGAAGCCCGAGCUUGCACUUGAGAAACGAGACCUGCUCAACCUCUCUCACCCAGACACUAUGCCUACGAUCCAGCGCAUCUGGUCUGAAUUCCUGCCCUGGUUCGAUGUCAAGGAGGUACAUGUCGGUGCAGACGAGUACGACUCUACGUUGGCGGACGAUUACAUUGGGUUCGUCAACGAGAUGGCCGAUUUUAUCAACUCCACCACGGACAAAAGCAUUCGCAUUUGGGGCACGCCCAUGGAAGAGCCAAAAGACAAGAAUCUCCGCAUCAACAUGGAUAUUACCAUCCAGCAUUGGCAAUACGGCCAGUCCGACCCCCUCGAGCUCAUCGACCAGGGCCACAAUAUUAUCAACUCUCAGGACUGGUGGGCAUACAUGAGCAUCAAGAACGACCACAUGCCCAUCAUCCCGGCCCCAUAUCCGCAGUUCUUCAACGAAUCGCGUAUUCUUAACUUUGCCGACCAGCCCGGGUGGCAGUGGACGCCCGCUGAUUUUAACAAUGUCAACACAACAGAACAGCCAGAGCCAAAUGAGCCAUUUCUCAAAGGCGCCGUUAUGGCUGCGUGGAACGACAACGGUCCAGAUGCUUCGACGAAGCUGGAGAUGUACUAUGCUAUGCGCAGGGGUAUUGCCCUGGUUGGCGCCCGUGCGUGGAGUGGUAUCCGUGGACCUGAAGUUCAACCGGAGACACUAGACGCCAGCAUCGACUUCUUCUCACCUCUAGCGCCGACGCAGGAUCUGGAUCGUGUCAUUCCCGUCCCUGGAAACGACAGUGAUGGCCCUCUUGUCUCCUGGAAUCGCUCCUCCUCCGAUAACGACACCGUCAAACUCGGCAAAGGCAGCAAGGGCUUAAACUACACCCUCACCUUAACAGCCACCGGGCCCUUUACGCUCUCAAGCAACGACAACACCUUCUCCUUCAACAACGACGGCACCCUAUCUUUCAUUGAAGACGGCUACAUCUACCCACUCCGCUCCGUCACACCGGAGGACGCCCUAGAGCUGGACCCCGGCCACCCAGGCCGUAUCUGGGUAAACACAACCUCGACGCACGAGCCUGUUAUUAUCGACGCCUCCGAGGCUGUACCAGUAGCCAUCACCGUCUCCACUGAUGUCGUACAUGGUGCUGUGGUCUGGAUUAACGGGCAGCUGGAAGGCCGGUUUGAGGUGUUUGUGUAUGGGGGCCGGAAUACGGAGUUCAGUUGGAGUCAGAUGGCCUUUGUUGCGCCGCUUGAGGAUAUCGAGGGGGUGGGAUUGGCGAGUUUGGAGAUUCAUGGGAGAAGUGAGUUUGAGGAUUAUCGGGUCGGGUCAUUGUCGCUAGGGUCAUCGAGAUAG